AUGUAAAUAUUAGAAUAUUAAAAAAUACAGAGGAAUUAGUAAUGGUUUAAAAAAAAUUUAUAAAUUUAUAUUAGUCAAAAAAGGAGCUCAUAAAGAUUAAGAAUUUUAUAAUGGAGAUAAAAUGAUAUCUAUCAAGAAUAUAUAAUGGUAGAUUUUAUUUUAUUAAUUUACUACCAAAUAAUUCAAACAAUUGAUAAGAAUUCAAAAUUAGAUGUGACAUUGAUUAAUCUAGAAAAAGAGAUACUAAAAUUGCAGGAAAAGUUGGUCAAAAUCAAAGAAAUUAUAUAUUUCCUUUUAUUAAAUUUAACCCUAAGUGUCAAUUAUUGA